AUGAAUCGUUUCUCUCGUCGGUUUGUAACUUUCAUCCCACAUGACUUGCUUAAAGAUAAAGUGACUUUAAAUUUAGUUCAAAAUAAUACCUUAUUUCUUCAUAAAAACGGGUAUAAGGCGUUUAAAAAUGUGUAUACGCGUUCACUUUGGACAAGUUUAAACGUUUAUGAUGGUGGUGGUAAUAAUGCCAAACGUGUUAGCUAUGUACGACACCAUCAAAUAAGAAACUUGAACCAAGAUACUAACGCUGCAGGUGUAUGGGAUCCGUUUCCAGAUCCAUUUCAACCGAUUGUUGAGAAAUCAGCUGAAACAGCAUUAGAUGAUGAUAACGAUCCAAAAGACAAAAAGUCAAAAGGAUCACAACAGCAUAAACAGAAGACUGGCGUUGCGUCAUUAAUGUCACCACGUGUUAUGGAUGCAGUAUUAACGACUGUAAUGGGUUUAGCAGCUGUGGGACUCGGUGGUGUAUUCUAUCAGACAUGGUAUGAAUGGAACGAAGUGCAUAAAGUUUUAGCGGCUUUCACAAAGAAAUCAUCAUUAUUGAAAUCGCGACUCGGCGAUAGUUAUUUCCCGGACGAUAAUAGAGAUCGAAUUAAUCGUGUUGUGGCUGGGCAAACUCGUUCGAAAUAUUAUUUACUGGUCGGUGAAAAAGGAACCGGGAAAACGCAAUUGGUUUUGAAUGCAAUGGAUAAAAUUGGACAUUAUGGUGUGGUAUUUUGUGAAGCACAUUCUGAUAGUGAGGUCUUUAAGGCGAGGCUUGGGAAAGCGUUGAAUUAUACUUAUCGAGAAGAUUAUGUUGGAGGCUUAUUUGCAAGAGAGGCCCCAGAAAGAGGAUCCGCACUGCUUGACGUCGAAAGAGCUCUUAAUAUGGUGGAAAUUGUCGCGCAUGAUUAUUUGAAAAGAAAAGGGAGACCUUUAGUGUUGAUUAUUAAUAAUAUUCAUUCAUUUAAAGAUGACGAAGAUGGCAACGACUUAUUAGAGAUACUUCAACAGCGUGCAGAAUCUUGGGCUGCUUCAAGGAUUGCGACGGUGAUCUUCAACACGGAUGAUUAUGCGGUCUAUGAGCGAAUGAAAAGAGAUGCUUCUCGAAUGGAAGUUAUAAGAGUAACCGACCUUAAUACUGAAAUGGCAGUAAAAUAUCUAAAAAGUCGGCGCAAAAAAAACAACCAUCAUGAACCUGAAGAGGUGCUUAGGAGAUUUGUUAAGGAGCGCGUUGGAGGACGCCUUUCAUUCUUAAAUCGAUUAGCGAGGGCAACGGAUCUUGAGCAUGCGGUGCAAGUUAUGGAAGACGAAGAAUACACAUGGAUUGUCAACACAAUUGGUCUGAUACCCGAUUUCGAAGAAUCAGAAUUCGACGAACAAAAAUAUGCAGCAGCCGCAUGGAAAUUGAUUCGUGCAAUAGUGCGAUCACCCAGCAAAACUAUCCCACUAAAUGAGUGCCGUGUGAUUACCGGAAAUUCACGUUUCCUUCGACAAAUGGAUCACGAUGGAAUUGUGGUGAUUGACUUGCAGAAUAACGUAAAAGCCGAUUCGAAAAUUCUAUGGAACAUUUUUAACAAGAUAGUGAAUAAUGAGGAUUUCGAUGAUUUGUUGCAGAAUGUGCUUGAGCGAGUGGAGGAGGUGGAUAAAGAGCAACGAACUAGAGAAUUGAUUUGGAGUCGGAAAAAUGAUCAAACUGUUCGAUGGGGCCCUGAGAAAAAAACUGGGUGGUUUUUUUGA